AUGGGGACGGAAAGCACGCAGGCCAUGGCCCUGGUGCGCAAGAGGGCGGAAAUGGAGCUGAUGCCCCCUCCGCCCGCACCCAAGAGGAUCAAGCGGCCAAAGACGGUUCUCGACGAAGAUACAUACACCGAGUCGCUGUCGCGCAUCAUCGCGCGCGACUUCUUUCCGGGUCUUUUGGAGAGCGAAACGCAGCAGGAGUACUUGGACGCUCUGGACUCCAAGGACCCGGCCUGGAUAUCGAGCGCCGGCCGUCGACUCCAACACGUCAUGACCCCGCGAGGCCAACGGGCGCCCAGUACUCCCCGCCAGAGAGUGCCAGACACGCCGAGAGGCUACGCCGGCGACACUCCAGCAUCGACAAUAUCCAAGGCGUCGACAACGUUCGAGGCCAUCUCCGAGAUAGACACCAACAUGAGCUUGGCCGCCUUCCAGUCAAAAUACACGAGCGAGGAUAACGAGAGCUUCUACAAACUACUCGACAAGCAAAACCAGAAGAAGGCGGAGAAGUAUGCAUGGCUAUGGACAGGGAACAAACUGCCGUCCAAAAUGCAACUGAAGCAAAAGGAGAUCGAGUUGAAGCUGAGCGAGACGCGCAGCCUGACGGACGACGGGUUCAAGAAGGACAGGUUGGCGAUCAAGGACAAGGACGACCGACCUGCGGCUCCAGAUGCGUGGAAAGUAGCACCCAAGAAUGCGCUCAUGUUCCGACCAGACAACAUGGAUGAUGGCGUUGAAACAGUAGCCGAGCGUGCUCAGGCUGAGUCACGCGCACCGCCCAGGAGCAUCGUUUACGCAAACACAAGAAUGCCGGGUUCCGCGAUUACACCAGAGGAGACUAUUCCUCCGUCGCCAUCUCUGUCGGCUGUUCGCGAUGCAAUUGCCGGAAACCCGAGAAGAGUAGACCAAGAUUCCACCGCCGGGGGGAAUGAGACUCCGAGGGUGAAUGGGUAUGCUUUUGUCGACGACGAAGAGCCAGAACCAGAGGCAGAAAGUGCCGGGCCCGUGAUCAAUCUUGGUCCCGGAGAUGCAACCCCAAACCCUUUCCACCUUCAAGAACAGAGGAGCCGGGAAGGUCUGCAUCAUAGGAUGGUUGAUCGCAUCGCGCAGUCAAAGCGGACUUCGGCCAGGCUUGGUCUGACAGGCAAACCUGACAAGACUCCAUUAACCAAGUAUCCGAGCAGCCCCAGGGUAAGCGGAGAUCUCACACCGGCUGCGCAGCGACUUUGGAGCAAGAUAGGAAGCUCUAGUAACCAAAACCGUUCACGAACGCCGUUCAACGGAACAGCUACGAAAAGAGCCAAGAUACCGGGGUUGAAGGCAACUCCCAAGCGGCCCUGA